UCCGGUAAUAUGUCUGACUGGUGUCCGAUAGCCAGAGAGUAUGACCCGCUGAAAGCCGGCAGCAUCGACGGCACCGACGUGGAGCCCCAUGACCGCGCCAUUUGGAGGGCGAUGUGUGCCCGCUACAGGCCCAACAAAGGGGUCGUCGGAGACCCGCUUCUCACGCUGUUCGUGGCCCGCCUGAACCCCCAGACGACCGAGGAGAAACUGCACGACGUCUUCUCAAAGUACGGAGACAUCAAGCGGCUCCGGCUGAUUCGGGACAUCGUGACGGGCUUCUCCAAAAGAUACGCCUUCGUGGAGUACAAGGAGGAGCGGGCUCUGACCCGGGCCCGCCGGGAGGCCAACAAGCUGCUGGUGGACCAGCACGAGGUGUUCGUGGACUUCGAGCAGGAGAGGACCCUGAAGGGCUGGGUGCCGCGGCGUCUCGGCGGCGGGCUGGGAGGGAAGAAAGAGUCUGGGCAGCUGCGGUUCGGAGGCAAAGACAGACCCUUCCGGAAACCCCUUAACUUCUUCGGAACCGUAGCGGCGCAGCAGUGGGAAGGUGAAGGCGGCAGAGGCGGGGGCAGACACGGGGCCAGAGGAAGGCAGGACUGGUACAGAUCGAGAGAGGCAGACCGGGGGACCAGAGACAGGAGAGACCACAGAGACAGGGAGGACCACAGAGACAGGAGGGACUACAGAGACAGGGAGGACUAUAGGGACAGGGAGGACUACAGAGACAAGGAGGACUAUAGAGACAGGGAGGACCACAGAGACAGGAAGGACUACAGAGACAGGGAGGACCACAAACACAGACAGGAGGUGAGAAGAAACCCAAAGACUAGAGAGGAAGAUCGAGACAACUGAUGUCCAUCUAAAAAUGGACAAGUGGACACAGAAGAAGGCACUGAUCCUGAACUGGACUGUGGACUGUCUGCUUAUUGGCAGAUAGUUUUUACUAAAUGAUUAAUGAAAUAUUUAGCUUUUGCUGUCUGUAUUUGUUUAAUCUAAAUCUUUUCUCAUUCAAACUUGUAAACAACAACACAAACAGCCUGAACAACAAAUUAAACAUCCAUCCAUUAUCUUU